GACCUCCCUUCUAUGCUCGCCUUCCCACCGAUGACAAACUUCCACAACCAUUCAUUGCUUCUAAAUGGACAUAUCAUUCUGCAAGAUAAGGCUUCUGCGCUUGCAGGAAGCGUACUUCAGCCCCCUGCUUCUCCAAGUACUGUUGUCCUUGAUGCAUGUGCAGCGCCUGGCCAAAAGACGUCUCAAUUGGCUCAAAGCAUGCAAAACAUGGGCACUUUGUACGCCUUAGACCGAGACUCUAGUCGAGUGGCCAUUUUGAAAACCCUAUGCAAACGACAUAACUUGAAAAAUGUAACCAUUCUGCAUCAAAACUUUCUCGAUGUCGACGUGUUUAAACAUCCCUACAACCAAGUCGAAUAUAUUUUGCUUGACCCAUCUUGCUCGUGCUCCGGGAUAGUCAAUCGACUGGACCUUGCUAUAGAUUCAUUAUCGACCGAAUUGACUCCGUAUUCAGAAAUUGAAAUCAGCUGUGCAGACAUUCUGAACACCCCAAGAAGCCGCCUCGAAAACCUUCAGCAGUUUCAACUUUCCCUUCUUCAAAAGGCGUUCUCAUUUCCAAAGGUCAAUCAUAUUGUAUAUUCUACUUGCUCUAUCCACGACGAAGAAAACGAACAGGUCGUCGAAAAGUCUUUGAAAUUCACAACCGAGUUCGAUGUUUGCACUCCUUUACCCAACCUUCAAAGUUCGAUUCGAGGCAAGAGUGAAUAUCGUUAUGGAGAGCAGUGCAUCCGCACAGUUCCCAAGCGAGAUCACACAAUUGGAUUUUUUAUUGCGUAUUUUAAGCGAAAAUCCAUCAUCUCGAACCAAGACAAUGAAAAUCAGCUAGAGCCGUCGACAACAACCAGCGAAAUCGAAAAAACGCAGUCCAAUUUUUUUUCCGGUCUUCGUUCCUCUUCGGAUAUCGACAAAAUUGAUUGUCGUCCUGCUCAAAAAAAACUGAAAAACGAAAAGGAUGCGGAGGGCACCUGUCCUCAAUCCCCAUCCAAGCCAUUCGAUCAGGUGGCGAAAGAAUCGGCAAUACUGUAA